CUAUGUAUACCUUAGAAACCGUAGCUGCAUUCAUUGCGCACGACAAGGACAGAAGAUGUCUUUCUCCAAGCAGAGUCCCUACAUGAAACCGCCAACCCCCUUUGAAGGGAGCAUCCUGGGCGGUCUACAGGAAGGAAGAACCAUCACGAUUAGAGGCUGGGUCCCGCAGAUCACUAAGAGUUUUAACGUGAACUUGCAGUGCGGCUCAAAGAAGGAAGCCGACAUCGCCUUACAAUUCAAUGCCAGGUUCGACAAGCCCCCAGGCUACGUCAUCUGUAACACCUUGAAGAACCAACAGCUGGGUGAAAAUAAGCAAAAGCACCUGGCAGCUGAUCUACGUGGCUCCAAUUUCACCCUCGUCAUCAUCGUCACCCGCGACUCCUACUCGAUUUCUGUUGAUGGAUUUCACCUUUUGGAAUAUAAGCAUUGCCUUCCUUUCGGACAAGUAGAUACCAUUGCAGUGUUCGGGGGUGUGCAGGUGGAGUAUAUCAGUUUUGAGAACCCCAAUAUUCCUCCUUCCGCUCCCAACUUGUUCUCCGAAGCUGUUGGAUGGCUGACUUCCUUGUUGAAACCUUCACCCCCUGAAUACCAUGCGACACCAUACAACUGCUCUGUGCCUGGAGGGAUGUCCUUGGGGCGCAGUGUUACUGUCCUCGGGGUGAUCAAGGACAAAGCAGCCAGGUUUGACAUCAAGCUCUGCUGCAAAGAGGGGGUGGCUUUCCUCUUCAAACCAAAAUUCAAAGACGGUGUAGUGGUGCGCAACAGCCAGCUGAAGGGGUCCUGGGGACGCGAGGAGCGAUCUGGGGCCAUGCCCUUCUGCCAGGGGCAGGCCUUUGUGAUAACCAUCACCUCCAACAGUGAGUGCUACACGGUGUUUGUCAACGGCGCCCAAUUGUUUGAGUACCAGCAUCGCUACAAAUGCCUGGAAAGUGUUGAUUUCCUGGAUGUGAACGGGGACACGAGUGUGAUCUUUGUAGAGGUGUAAGGUCACCCAAAGAAAAGAGGAACCAGAAAGUAUGUUAAGGUUGUCAUGUAUCUGGUCUCUCUGAGAAAGACCACACUGACAACGCCACUAACUUCCUGCUGGUUUGUACUUCUGUGCUUCAAUUAAUAUCUUCUCUUUCUGCUAUAUUUUUUAUAUAAAAAAUAAACUAGAAAUCCA